UUUCACAGAAAAUCCUUAGAGCUCGCCGCACUGCGAGAUCAGCACGGGCAGCUUCGGCUUAUUAUCCGAACCGGCCUGGACGGCCUCGAUCUUGUGCACGACCAUCAUGGAGACGGCGUCGAGCACUUUCCCGAAGACGACGUGCUUCCCGUCGAGCCACUCGCACUUGCCACAGGUAAUAAAAAACUGACUGCCGUUCGUGUCCGGUCCACUAUUCGCCAUGGACAGCAACCCCGGCCCGGAGUGCCUCAGGUUGAAAUUCUCAUCUGCGAAUGACUCGCCAUAUAUGGAAAUACAGCCCGUCCCGUCCCCUUUGAGAAUAUCCCCCCCUUGGAUCAUGAACUCCUUGAUGACGCGGUGGAAGGGCGUCUUCAAGUACCCGGCCGGCUGCGAACCUCGCGUGAACUCGCCGGUGCACAUCCUCCGGAAAUUCUCCGCGGUUUUUGGCGUCUCGUCAGAAAAGAGCUCCAUCUUGAUGCGGCCACUGGGAACUCCACCUAUAGUAAUGUCGAAGAACACCACCGGAUUCCCUCGCGCGAUGGCGUCCAACACUAUCGGGUCGGCCAUGGUGACGCUCAUGGUUGCUAGUCAAAGUGCGUCGGCGGCUGUUUUACAGUUACGGCGCAGCGACGGCGUGCGGCGAUCUGUAUCGCGCGGCGCCGUCGCUUACGGCGCUACGGCGCUGCGACGUGUGCGGCGAUGUAUCACGUCGCGCGGCGUACGCAGCGACGCGGGCAGUGGGCACAGCUUGGCAGCGACUUCGAUUCACGCCACGCAAUUGCUGGUGCUUGCUCACAGCUGCAGCGAGACACGGGAAAACGAAUCCUAUCGAGCGCAGGACCGCCGAGCGGUCAGCUAGCCAGCAAUCCUGGCCUUGGCG